AAACAUAGAACACCUCGUUCGCUUGCCAUCUACCAGACUUGAAUAAGAUUUAUGACGACGACUUAUGAGGCAUGAUCAGUGGUCUACCUACUCAACCUACCUACCCCUCUUGCCUGCUCUUCAAAUACUCCGCUCAUUUCCACAGAAACCAAACCCCACUUCUCUCAACAAGUCUGAUCAGCGGCGAUGAAACCCGGCAGAGUAGUUGCAGGACUGUUCCUGCUGUUGGCUGUCUACUGUGGAAUAGACCCUUUUAAGCACAGCGCAAUCUCUGACUUCCCGGACUUUGUAUCCCACGAAAUCGACAUGCCCAGUUUGUCCUCGGUUCCUAAGGAGAGAGACACCCAGAAUUCGCUUCAGAAAUCGGAGAUUAAGUUCCUGAACCAAGUUCAAGGCCCUGAGAGCGUCGCUUUUGACCCGCAAGGACGUGGACCAUAUACUGGUGUUGCCGAUGGCAGAGUCUUGUUCUGGAACGGUCAGGCCUGGGUUGAUUUUGCAUAUACUUCGCCUCAUAGGUCAGAGAUAUGUGAUCCAAAACCAUCACCUAUGAGUUACUUGCCAAAUGAGCACAUCUGUGGAAGGCCGUUGGGGCUCCGUUUUGACAAGAAAACAGGCGAUUUGUACAUUGCGGAUGCAUAUUUUGGGCUGUUGAAGGUGGGGCCAGAAGGUGGUUUGGCAACUUCACUUACAACUGAGGCAGAAGGGGAGCCAUUGAGGUUUACUAAUGAUCUUGACAUUGAUGAAGAAGGCAAUGUUUAUUUUACUGAUAGUAGCACCAAGUACCAGAGGAGGAACUUCCUGCAGUUGGUUUUCUCUGCAGAUGAUUCUGGGAGAGUUCUAAAAUACAACUCAACCACCAAGGAAACAACUGUUCUCGAAAGGAAUCACCAAUUUCCAAAUGGUCUGUCUCUGAGCAAGGACGGUUCCUUCUUUGUUUUUUGUGAAGGAGCUAAGGGCAGCUUACGCAAGUAUUGGUUGAAAGGUGAAAAAGUGGGAACUUCAGAAGUGUUUGCUGUGCUGCCUGGAUUUCCUGACAAUGUCAGAACUAAUGAUAAUGGUGAAUUUUGGGUAGCAGUCCACUGUCGCAGGUCCCUGUACACGUAUUUUUGUGCCUUAUUCCCAAAAUUAAGGAAAGUCAUACUCAAGCUUCCCAUUUCGGCUAAGAUUCAGUUCCUGCUUCACAUUGGGGGCUGGCCUCAUGGAGUAGUUGUCAAGUACAGCCCAGAGGGUAAGCUUUUGCAGAUUUUGGAAGAUAGUACGGGAAAGGUUGUUAAAGCUAUCAGUGAAGUGGAAGAAAAGGAUGGAAAACUAUGGAUGGGAAGUGUUUUGAUGCCCUUCAUUGCAGUCUAUAACAUAGCUUAAGCAAAAGAGUUCGUUUUCACACUCAUUUUCAUCGUUAUUUGUUCUUACUCUAGAGGUAUCUUCUUCGACGACUUGAAGCAACCACCCCUCUUUCUCCUCUUAUCUUUUCCCACUUUAUAGUCAAAAUGUUGAGGACUGGGAUAGUCUGUAUUUUGGUACUUGUAGCUACAUGGCAAUGUAUGUGUUUAUACUCGCUGAGUUCCAGUGUACAUGUGUUACUUUGUUUCAAUUUUCGGUAUUCCCACUA